ACGCUUCCAGAUUAUCCAAUCACAGGCCAUUAAAACAACCCAGCACCAGCAAUCCCCGUACCGUAAUUAUCGACCACAACCGAGGGCAAUCUCUCUGCUCCCAACACUAUAUAAUCCCCACUCUCUCCCCUCUUUCAACCCCCUCCUCACUCUCUCUCUUCUCUCUUCCUCUGCAACACUCAAAACUUGAACCGGAACAUAAACAUCGAUCUCACAUUUUCUCUCUCUAUAUUCUUCGAGAAGCAGCUCAAAAGAUGUCGGCGUGCAGCAAAAUCCGCCACAUUGUCCGAAUUCGCCAGAUGCUCCGGAGGUGGCGCAAGAAGGCGGCGAUGGCGGCCCGUCGUGCGCCCUCCGACGUGCCGGCGGGGCACGUGGCGGUGACCGUGGGCGCUAGCUGUAGGCGAUUCGUGGUACGGACAACUUACCUGAACCACCCUGUGUUUAGGAAGCUCCUGGUGCAGGCUGAGGAAGAAUACGGGUUCAGUAAUACGGGUCCGUUGGCUAUCCCAUGCGACGAGUCUCUGUUUGAGGAAAUUCUUCGGUACUUGGCCCGAACAGAGUCGAAUAUGAACAGCUCUGCCCGGUUUAUGAGCUUCGAGGAGUUUCAAAGACACUGCCACGUCGGGUUCAGAACCAACCUCGAGUUUUGGGCCGAGUCGCGGCCCCUUUUGCAUGGAGGAUCCGAUAAGGCCGUUUGGUGAAGCAAAAAAUGGCCGGAUUCGGAUCGAUAAUUAAUGCUCCGGAUUUUGACCCGUUUGAGUUGGCGAAUAUUCACGUCUCGACGCUCUCCGAUUGAAUUCCUCAAGGUGCUAUAUUAGUAAGGAGGAGGAAUGCGACUUUUCCAAUUUCCAAUUUUCUUUUUUGUCCUAAAUUUUGUAAUUGGUGUGCGUAAAAUUAUUGGGAGAGGGGUGGUGAGUCAGUGGGUCAACGAGCUGAGUGACCCGAAUACGAAGGAGAUGGCAAAACGGGUGGGCGGGUCACCACCGAGUCGUCCCGGGUUCGGAUCGGAGUGUAGUAGAGUCAGGAACAACUAGCUGAUCAAUCAUCACACACUCCUCACAAAUGAAUUGACGAUGAGGUCACCCCUUGUAAAUGAUGAAAUUGGCGAUCGAUUUUUACCCGUUCGAUUAAUCGAAAUUGUAAAGAAUUUCAAAUAUAUAUAAAUAGCAUUA